UUUGCGGUGGGGGGGCUAUAUAAACAAACAAACGCAAAGCGGCUCUCUCUCUCGGCUUCUCUAUUUCUCACUUCGUGUUGGUUUUCUCUUGCUAAUCGGCCACCGAGAGAUCGGAUUCAGACACUCGAUUUUCUUACCCACAAAUUCAAACAUGAAAAUCUUCGUCAAGACGCUCAAAGGCACUCACUUCGAAAUCGAAGUGAACCCUCAACACACUGUUGCCGAUGUGAAGAAAAAUAUUGAAACAGCUCAGGGUUCAGAUGUCUACCCUGCUGCACAGCAGAUGCUUAUCCAUCAGGGUAAAGUUCUCAAGGAUUCGACAACAUUGGAGGAAAACAAAGUUGCUGAAAAUAGUUUUGUUGUCAUCAUGUUAUCUAAGAACAAGGCAUCAGGUGGGGCAUCAGGUGGGGCCUCAACUGCAUCAUCUGCACCUUCAACUCAGGCCCAGCCAGCUAGUUUUUCUGCUCCUCCAGCACAGCCAUUAACAGCACCUCAAGCUCCUGCAUCAACUGUGGGGAUUCCACAAUCUGCCCCUGAAUCCACUCCUGCCCCUGCCCCUACCUCAUCAGAAUCAGAUGUUUAUAGUGAAGCAACAUCAAAUCUUGUUGCUGGAAGUAACUUAGAGGGUAUCAUUCAACAAAUUCUUGACAUGGGCGGUGGGAGUUGGGACCGGGACAUGGUUGUCCGUGCUCUGCGUGCUGCAUUUAAUAAUCCAGAGAGAGCUGUUGAAUACCUGUAUUCAGGCAUUCCUCAGCAAGCUGAAGUUCCACCUGUGGUUCAAGCUCCUGCAAAUGGGCAGGCUGUGAACCCUCCAGCCCAGGCUCCACAGCCAGCAGUGCCUUCCAGUGGACCCAAUGCAAAUCCUCUUGACCUUUUCCCACAGGGCCUUCCAAAUGUGGGCUCAAAUGCAAGUGCUGGCACUUUGGAUUUUCUGCGUAACAGUCAACAGUUCCAAGCUUUGCGAGCAAUGGUGCAAGCCAACCCUCAAAUCUUGCAGCCUAUGCUUCAGGAGCUGGGAAAGCAAAAUCCUCAACUGAUGCGGCUCAUUCAGGAGCAUCAGGCGGACUUUCUACACUUGAUCAAUCAACCUGUUGAAGGGGGUGAAGGCAAUGUACUGGAGCAACUGGCUGGAGCAAUGCCACAGGCUGUGACUGUCACACCAGAAGAGCACGAGGCAAUUGAACGUCUUGAAGCGAUGGGUUUUGAUCGAGCUAUAGUAUUGGAAGUUUUUUUCGCAUGCAACAAGAAUGAAGAGCUUGCAGCAAACUAUCUUUUAGAUCACAUGCAUGAGUUUGAGGAUUGAAGUACAAAGUGGUUCUUUCCUUGUUCUUUCGUACUUUCUCUUCAUUUUCUGUUCUUUUAAAGUGUCUUGACUUUUUCUUAGCUAUAUAAAUGUUGGUUAAGUUUUUUUUCUUUAUUAUUCAGUUUAUUGCCCCAGUAGUUGUAAUUCAAAUUAUAGAGGAGAUUGUUGGGCAAUCUUGUUUUCUUAAUAGUAUUUUCGGUUUUUAUGUUUAUUGGUAAUUCAUGAUGCUAUACUUUU